CACUUCUAUAUUCUCUGUGGUAUAUUAUUCAGCUUUGGAAGAAAGUAUAGCUUUCUAAAGAUUUUCCGCGAUUAUUACAUAUUGUAUCUACCUAUUCAAUAUUUCGUGAAAUAUUGGUUUUCGUUAUUAAAGGAUUUAGAAGUACAGUGUAUUGUGAAGUGAAUAGAACAUUUGGUAACCGUGAGUUGUCGGAGAAGGGUAAUUAAUUUAGAAAGCAACAUGGAAGCGCUGACAGUUCCGCCAUGAAUGCAAAAUAAAUAGAAAUUGUGAAGAAGCUGGACGUCAGUCGGACUGGUUAGAAACUUCACGAUGUUGAGAGGUGGGCGUGGAGGCCGUCACAGUCCAGAGCUGUACCCCCACACGCUGAAGUGUUCCAACGCCAGUGACACUAGUUCUGCCUACAGUGGAAGUGACACAAUGACCUCAGUACACAGCUCUCUGGACAUGGACAUGGAGGUAGACCUGUCUGGCCUCCUCGAGUCCAUCGUAGACUCUGAUGAGGAGGAGGAUUUAGAAGAAAGUAUGGAUAGUCUUACUGUGCGAGAUGCAGUUAGAGAAUGUCUUGAGAAAGACCCAAGUGAGAGGACGGAUGAAGAUAUUGAAAUACUAUUGGAGUUCACCCAACAUUUGAAAGCAUUUACUAAUAUGACAUUAACUGUGCGUCGGGCCUUAUGUGCAGUUAUGGUAUUUGCAGUUGUGGAGAAAUCUGGAACUGUGGUUAUGAAUGAUGGUGAAGAACAUGACUCAUGGUCAGUCCUCAUAAAUGGGCAUGUCAGCAUUGAGCAUCAAAGUGGUGAAGUGGAGCACUUGAAUGUUGGUGAUAGCUUUGGAAUGGCAGAAGCUACACUAGAGAAGCUGUAUCAUAAAGGUGUAAUGACUACUAAAUGUGAUGACUGUCAGUUUGUAUGUAUUACCCAGACUGACUACUAUCGAAUAUUACACCAAGGAGAAGAAAAUAUAAGAAGGCAUGAGAAUGAAAAUGGUGUUGUAGUACUGGUUACUGAGUAUAGAGGUGCAGCAGGAGAGUCAGGACGUCAGCAGGGUCAUGUUGUGAUCCGUGGAACUCCAGAACAAUUAAUGCUACAACUUAUUGAGGACAACUCACGGGAUUCUACGUAUGUUGAGGAUUUUCUGCUGACUCACAGAACAUUUAUAGAAAGUCCUAUGGUUGUUGCUAAGCAAUUACUUGCCUGGUUUUCUGAACCAUCUGUUCGAGAUAAAGUAACCCGUGUGGUUCUGCUGUGGGUAAACAAUCAUUUUACUGAUUUUGAAACAGACACAACUAUGAUGGAAUUUCUAGAAAACUUUGAAAUUGCACUAGAACAUGAAAAAAUGGAAAGUCAAUUGAGGCUGCUAAAUAUAGCUUGUUCUGCAAAAGCAAGGACUAGAAGUGUUACAUUAUCUCGUCCUACCAGAGAUGAACCUUUAAACUUUUCCAUUCUGGGUGGAUAUGAGAGAGGAUAUGGAAUAUUUAUAUUUAAAGUUGAAAAGCAUUCUAAGGCUGAGGAUGUUGGACUAAAAAGAGGUGAUCAAGUUUUAGAAGUAAAUGGUCAGUCUUUCCAGCAUGUAAGUCAUGCAAAGGCAAUGGAAAUAAUAACAGGAUCAACACAUUUAAGCAUCACAGUUAAAAGUAAUUUAUUAGCAUUUAAACAAAUGUUGUUAAUGCCUGAAAAUUCACCAAGACAGAGAGGCUGCACAAAUAGGGUUCAUUGGCAAACAGAUCCUAGGGCAAGGCUGUCCACUGCAGAUAUUCUCAGUGAUGAUCCUAUCACAUUGACACCAGUAUUCCAAUCUCCCACCAAGAAACCCCAGCAAUUGAGCAUAAAGAAGGAGCCUCAGAAGGGUUUCAUGACCCUGGGACCUAAGCGAAAAUUGCAGAAAGCUUUAAUUAAAAUGAAUCUUCUUCCUAAAAAUACCAUCACAGAUGGUUUACCUACAGAUGACAGUAUUCUCUCAAACUCUGAGUCCCUAAACAGGGCAAAUACCAGCACAUCAUUCUACAACUCACACAGUAAUCCAGAUCUAAUAUCAAUUUGUUUUGAUGAAUAUCAAUCAUCUGAUUAUCCUGAGCAUGUACUCAAAGUAUACAAAUCUGAUCAAACAUGUAAAUACUUAUUGGUACACAAAGAGACAACAGCUAGGGAAGUUGUAAUGUUAACUUUGCAGGAGUUCAGCAUCACUGAUCCAAGUUCAAACUUUUCACUGUGUGAGGUUUCUGUAGCUCAGGGGGGCAUUAUCAAACAACAUCGCCUACCAGACCAGCUACAAAAUCUCGCUGAGCGCAUUGGGCUAAGCUCUAGGUAUUAUCUUAAAACUAAUGGCAUCACUGAAAAUUUGGUACCAGAUGAAAUGGCUCCUGAACUUCUUAGGGAAAGUGUUGUUCAUUUUCUGCAAUUAAAUGCAGUUGAGGUUGCUGUGCAACUGACAUUACAAGAUUUUUGUAUCUUUCGACAGAUUGAGAGCACUGAGUAUGUUGACGAUCUAUUUGAGCUGAAGAGCAGAUAUGGAACACCUAUGUUAUCGCAAUUUGCUGAACUUGUGAACAAGGAAAUGUUUUGGGUCGUAACAGAAGUAGUUAAUGAACAGACGCUUGCACGUCGGCAAAAAAUUAUAAAACAAUUUAUUAAAGUUGCGCGUCAUUGCAAAGAAUGCAAAAACUUCAAUUCCAUGUUUGCUAUCAUAUCAGGACUGGGGCAUGGUGCAGUUUCUAGGUUACGAAUGACUUGGGAGAAGCUUCCAACGAAGUAUUUAAAACUGUUCACUGAUUUGCAAAUGCUUAUGGAUCCUUCAAGAAAUAUGUCUAAAUAUAGACAGUUGGUUACUACUGAGCAGGGGAGAUCGCCAGUUAUACCAUUUUAUCCAGUGGUUAAAAAGGAUCUUACAUUCAUACAUUUGGGUAAUGACACGAAAGUUGAAGGAAUGGUUAAUUUUGAGAAGUUGCGAAUGAUUGCUAAAGAAGUCAGAACCCUUACUAAUAUGUGUAGUGCUCCUUAUGAUCUACUAACUCUGUUAGAGUUAGGUAAGCAGCCGCCGUCAAAUGCAAUGGUUGCUUUAAAUCAACUUACUACUGGAGGUGUGCAACAGGGUCAGGUGACUGUUAAGAGAAGGAAAAAAUCUUCAAAUGUUCCAAAUCCUAAAAAGAUGUUUGAAGAAGCACAAAUGGUUCGUCGUGUAAAGGCAUAUUUAAAUCGAAUGCAUGUUGAAACUGAUGAAGAGCGACUUCACGCAUUAUCUUUGGAAUGUGAAGGAGCCGGGCCUGCUCCUGCCAUUCCGCGACGACGUCAUCCGUCACCUUCUUUGUCUACCACAAGCAGCGCAUCGUCAGCCAGUGAGAGCAAAAAAAGUUUUGCCGGCAAUAAGUUUGGUACUGCAUCUCCUCAAGCAGUGAGAAAACUACUAGCGCUUUCUGAACCUGCCAAAACAAGACCACAUCAACCUCGACCGCCACCGUCAGGGCCCUCGCCUUGUUCCCAUAGGCGUGACGGCCCCGGCGCAGGGAUUUGUUGCCCUCGGACGGCUCAUGAAAGGUCACACUCUGACACACCUACACCACUCCCGGUCGACCUGUCGGCCGAAAGCAGUAGCGUGACAUCAUUAGUUAACUUGCCGUUAAGAAAGACUGGGUCAGCGACAUCGAGUGACAGCGGGCACGGGUCGUGCACAGCCGCGAGCUGCGCGCGGCCAGUGCCGCCGCCGCGCAUUCCGCAGGCGCCCUACACGCUGGCCGCACAAGUAGCGCGCCUCGAGCGCCUCAGCCGGGCGCACUCUCACGAGGGUGUCACGCGCCCUUAUGAUUAUUAUCAUGAUACGCAUGACGACGACGAUGACGAUCAACAAGUAUCAGCUGUUUAAAAUUUUAAAUACUCUUUAACUCAAUGUCUAUUUAUUAUAGUUCCCUGUUUUGUAAUCUCACAUGAUAAAUAGAAAGCACGAGUUAUGUGAAUUCGUUUUAAUAUAUUAUUAAAAUCAUGUAUGUACCCUUUACAACUAAGUCUAAAGACUGUAUAAUUAUGUUAAGAAAAUGUGCUAGUGUUAUGUAAAAUUCCAUAUUAUAAGCUCCUAAUUAUUAAUUACAAUAAUGUGACCCACCAGUUUCCAGUUUUAUCUAGAGAUGUUUGAUGUAUACCAAUAAUAGGUGACCUAUUUUAUUAUGUUGGUAUAUCUACAUUCCGUUAUUUGUAUAUUAUUUUAUUAGUUUUCAUUAUUUAUA